GCAGGAGGUGCCCCGAUCAGGUGUGACACAUGUCAGGCUCAUAGAUAUUGUCCACAUGUGUGUUCGAAUUUAUAUGUAACAUUGAAUUUCGCUUUUGCGCAUAUGUUGCCGCUUUUGAUCGAGUUGUUCAUUGACAAGCUACACUGUCCACGCCACACCCUUCGGUCGGACUCCACGAGGCAGAAUACUAAAAUAAAUAGAUCUCCUUUAGACGACCAAAGGCAGCAUGAUUGUCAUACUACUUGCCAUAGGUGGAUUCCUCGCUGUCACGAUUGGUGCUGCCUUCUUCUUCAUACCUUGGCUUAGUACCGACAUCUACUUCAUCUACACGUGCGCUAGCCUAGUCAAAUCAUUCCUGACAUUGGCCAAGAAAAAAGUCCUUAUAGUGGAUCUACUGGAAAGAGGAGCCAAGCGACACCCAAAUAAGACAAUGCUUCUUUUUGAAGGCGAUUCUUAUUGUUAUGAAAUGGUGGACAAUCAGGCCAAUAAGGUGGCGCGCUUCGCGCAGGAGAUCGGACUGAAGACAGGAGACACUGUCGCCAUGAUGGCACUGAACUCCCCAGAAUUUGUAUGGACAUUAUUCGGUUUCUGCAAACUUGGCAUAAGGGUUGCGCUACUAAACACCAAUUUGCGAUCGAGGUCAUUGUGGCACUGCAUAUCAGUCAGCGGUGCGAAUACUCUCAUUGUUGGAAAAGACUUGACGGAAGCAAUAGAAACCAUCUCAGAAGAGCUCAAGACAGCAGAUUAUGGCGUUUGGAUACAGGGUGAUCACGUUCCCGCCCAGUACAAUGCUAUGGACGAAGCUUUGACCGGACUGAGCACAGACCCGAUAGAUCCUUCAAUUAGAAGCAAGAUUGACAUACGAGAACCAGCGUUUUACAUCUAUACUUCAGGAACAACAGGUCUUCCAAAAGCAGCAAUUGUGACCCACCGACGAUGCUGCGGUGCUGUCAGCCUCAUCGGCAAGGUGUGUAACAUGGGUGCAAAUGAUGUCCUUUAUGUACCCCUCCCGCUGUACCAUGCUGCUGGACUGGUCCACGGGAUCGGAGGAAUCUUAUACCUUGGUGGGACAGUUGUCGUUAGGAAGAAGUUUUCUGCCUCUCAGUUUUGGGAUGAUUGCCGGCAAUAUGAUGUCACCGUCAUUAUGUACAUAGGAGAGCUAUGCCGGUAUCUCACGAAUCGGCCAAAGGAUCCACGGGACCAAGAUCACAAAGUGAGGUGCGCCUAUGGUAAUGGUCUCAGGCCCGAGGUAUGGUCAGACUUCCAGUCGCGGUUCAACAUCAGAUACAUCAGGGAGUUCUACGCAGCCACUGAGGGGACUGGUUUCCUCAUCAAUGUUAACAACGCUGUCGGAGCAGUUGGGAGACUUUCACCUAUUUUCCGGGCAAUAUACCCUUAUAAGCUGCUGAGAUAUGACAUAGAGGAGGAAUCCGCCUAUCGUGGCGCUGAUGGCAGAUGUGUGGAGGCUGAAGUUGGCGAACCAGGACUGUUUGUGACAGGCCUUAACGAUGGUAGGAUGGAGUUUGACGGCUAUAAGGGAAAAGAGGAUAUUAAUGAACGACGUAUAUUGAGGAACUGUUUCAAACAGGGCGACUCAUACUUCAAUUCUGGUGACCUUUUAGUCAUGGACAAGAUGUACAACGUAUCAUUCGUAGACAGAGUUGGGGACACAUUCAGGUGGAAAGGUGAAAAUGUCUCCACUACAGAAGUCGCCACCGUACUAGCAGACGGCCAGGGUCACAUUGCAUCCGUCAAUGUCUACGGUGUAGAGGUACCUGGUGGGGAUGGUCGUGCCGGUAUGGCUGCUAUAACAUUACACCCGGGCAAGUCCAUGACCGAAGACCUCCUUGCCAGUCUUCAUGCGAAGGUCUCCGAAUAUCUUCCCAUGUACGCCAGACCACUCUUCCUGCGGAUACUAAUCGAAGUCCAACAAACUUCAACCUUCAAAUAUGUAAAGGGGAACGUUCAGCGGGAAGGAUUCAACCCGAAUGUCAUCAAGGACCAGUUGUUUAUAUUGGAUUCUAAGAAACAUUCCUACGCUCCAUUGACAGAUGAGGUGUAUGAGCAAAUUCAGGGUGGUCAACUGAGACUUUAAACCCUGAAGACACUCCUUUCAAACUGUUUCAUAGCUCCCAACUGCACAAAAUUCUUAACACUUUCACACGGCGGAAAUGUGCUAGAAGUCCGUGAUAAUAGUCAUGGCAGUGACAUAUCGGGAUUUAGUAAAAUGAAGUUAAAACCAGUGUCGUACCCGAACUGAAGAUGCGAUAGAAUCUUUUCACCGGCGGUCCGGUCCGUCUAGUAAGAUCCCUCACUGAUAGUUUGUUACGGCCCUGCACAGAGCUCGCCUCACUGUCCAGGAGUGAGUACUUACAAGUAGAGAAAGCACUCGCAAAGAUAGAAACUACGUCAGCUAACUUCUAGGCUCUGUCAAGUAUUAUAGGACUGAAAAGGUUUUUUCUUAUUGUAACUCGAGACUGUAC